AACCGUCGUCUCAGGAAGGAUCGGUUUGGUGCACAUUACACCGUCUUACAAACGCCCCAUCUGCAAUCAAGCGAAAGGUGUAUUACAGCACACAAACAGGCCGGUGUUCAGGUUAGUUGAGCUCAUCGUCGUUCCAUCGGCGGCAUCAACACAAGUGUCUUUGCUGCGCAGAAGUGCUAAUCGGGCAGGUGUGCUCCGUGUGUUUGUGUGGUGUUUGUAUUGUGUGAGCUUUUUUAAGGCGUGCGACACAUACCUUGCCGAGGAAAGUGAUAACGAGACAUCAGUUGCAGUUUGCGUGCGACACAACGCGUUUCGACCAUUUUUCGGUGCCCGCCCGCCUGGUGUGUGUGUGUGUCAGUGAAAGUGUUUUUUGCGGAUUUUGCCUGUUGUUUCCGCGUGUGUUGGUGUGAUUUUGAGCGUCGCUUUGUAAGUGCGGGCGCGCUAGACACAUCUUCAACGCCUCUCAAACUUCAACGCAACCGCGUGGUGCGAUCAGCCUCAAUUCCAGCGGAUUGCCGAAGCCGACCAGCUGCGGACUACACAUCGCACAAUGAAGAUCAUUCUGCUGAUCGCUGUGUUGCUGCCGCUGGCAGCGUACGCCAAACCCGCCAGCCCGAGCCUGGAUCCGACCGACCUGGCCGACGUGGAGCUGCUGACGGAGGACGUGGCGCGCAUCAAGCGGUCCGGCUUCGGGUCUGGCAGCGGCUCGUUCGAUUUGCUGUCCGGGCUGAAGAAGACACUACUGUCGGGCAUUGGAUCUGCGUCGGCUUCACUGGUCGCAGGCAGCAGCAGCUCAUCGCUCAGCUCCGGUCUGGGGCACGGAAGCAGCGGUGGCAGCGCAGGCCACGGCAGUAGCUACGGCAGCUCGUCCGGACAUUCGUAUGACAAACCGCACGAGGACACCCACUUCGAUGGCUGGUCGCUGAAGAAGUCGAUCCUGAACACGCUGUUCCAGGCGGUGAAGGCCAUCACCGGCGGCGUGACCGCCAUCAAGGGCCAGCUGAUCAAGGGCUCGGGAUACCUGGUUAGCGGCGCGGGCAAGCUGAUCGCGUCCGGCGGUGACGCCGUCACGGGCGUCGGCAAAAAGAUUGCCCUGUCCGCGCACCUGAUCCCGCCAAAGCACUCGGCCCACCCGCUGUCCAAGCUGACCGGCAUCCUGUCCGCCUCGUCCUCCGGUCUGUCCGGGCUGUCCGGCUCGUCGUCCUCGUCCUCCUCCGGCCACGGUCACGGCCAUGGAGAUGCGUCGGGUGAAAGCUUCACCAGCUACGAAGGCCCAACGAGCUACGGCCAUGACUCCUCGCACGGUGCCCUGAGCGGCCCGUCCGGCCCGUCCUACAUCCCGCCGUCCAAGAGCUCCCACAAGGCACCGUCGCACAACUCGUACGGUGCGGAUCUGGACGACCACCAUCAUCACAGCAGCUACGUGCCGGCCGGCAAGUACGGCCACUCGUCUGACGUGUCGGCGCAUCAUCACGAGCCGGACCAUCACGACCACUACCCGACCGGGUACGGCAAGGGCCACGCGAACGUGGUCGAAGCGUCGGACGUGCUGCGGCAGAUACUGAACCAGAAGAUACCGCACCAUGCGGACGGCUUCCCGAAGAAGGUCAUCGCGCAGUACGAGAUCCCGUCCGACUCGAACCCGCCGCCGUUCAAGCCGAUCAAGGGUGCCGGCUACCUGCCGCCGUCCGUGUACGGUGUGCCGGCCGCCGGUCCGAUCGACUCCGUGACGCACUCGCACUCGAUCACUACCUCGUUCGGGGCGCCGUCCGGCUACUCGAAGCUGCACGUCGAGUCGAGCGAGCCGGGCCUGCCCAGCUCGUACGACAUCUACCGCUCGAUGGCGCUGAAGCACGGCGGGGAGGCCAAGCACCACCACCAGGACGAGGGACUGCCGAGUCCCCGGUCGAAGGCGCCGUGGACGGAGCUCGGCCACAGUGCGAGCGGUGUGUCGUACGAGCUGCUGCCGCCCAAGCACGUCUCCUCCGUCGAGCUGCGCGACCUCACCAAGCAGCUCGGCAACGGGAUCGAGCUGCAGAAGUCGCUGGCGUACGAGAUCGCGGACCCGGCCACCCGGCAGCACCACAAGCGACGCGCCGACGAGACGAACGACACGACCACGCUGACCGACGGUGGCAGCAACCGCCCGGCAACCGCCACCACCAAUACGUAGACAGCAGGCGACGCACAGACGCAACGCAAUGGCGCGAGUGCCAAUUCCGAUUUCGCAACACACGCAGAGACGACUGAUAAACGCAACACGGUAGAUGCAAAGACGCGCACGUACACACACACACACACCCAUGCAUAUGAAGACAAGGGCGCGCGUAUGUAUGCGUGCGCCUCGGUGCUCAGCACAGUUCACGGUGCCACGCCAGCACGCCAUCUCUUAACCCUUUAGUCACGCGUUCUCUAGCAUCUAGAAAAGACACAUUAGCCCCUAUAGUAAGAAUAUCGUAGCGUUUACGUUUGUCUGUGUAUGUGUAUGUGUGUGUGUGUGCGUGUGGAUGUUUUUGUUUUGCUUCGAGCGCUUGUGCCUUAACCGUGCGCAAGCGACCGAUUUCGUCGAUACUCAGAUUCCGACUACAGCAAGAUCGUCGUCGGCUAAGCACACUGCGCAGCGCUCCCAAAUGGUGGAAAUCGAUCAGCCCAGUGUCCCGCAAUACGUUCCAUCCAGUGUAAAUCCUCCAAAACAAAAUGUUGAACCAUUGCUCAAAUUCUACUUAAUACUCAACAAAACAGAGAGCUCCAAUCGACCCCAGUAUGAAGGAGGAUUAAUCAACGAUUACGGCCUGUCUGGAGGGGCCACACACACACACCCACACAAAACAACACCACCAUGCUAGCCUGUAGAACUACUUCGUAUUCGCAUGUAAGAUUUUAUUCGUUAAUUUCAUUGGUAAGAGGGUCCAGUAGGGCUGCCCCCGGGGCGUCCCUUCCCUCCCACGAUUACCGUGGGCACGGGGACGUUGGGUGGCCCGGUGUUCUGCUGUAUUUAUUCGCCAUCGCAUUUUAUGUUUGCGAACGGUGCUGGCGACACAAAUAAAGUAUUCAACUAAUUUGUAAUCUUCUGAAAGCGAAA